AUGCCCUUGGAGGGUCCAGAAAAGCAGCGCUUCUCAAACAUGCAUAUGAAUUACCUGGAAACCUUUUUGAAUGCAGAUUCUGAUUCAGUAGAAGGGAUUCUCUGGGGUUUUUUUAAGCUACUCAGCUACACGAGUAUUAGUCACUCCCUUCAUAUCCACAUAGAAAUCACAAGGAGGCAGUACUUAUAAACAUUCAAAGAUUGCUUUACUUGUUUUGAUGCUUUUGAUGUAGUAUUAAAUCAUCUUACACAAAAUGUGUGCCUAAGUAGCAAUGAUAUCUCUCAUCUUUGCCAGAUACUAAUGAACCAUAGCGAGUCAAUAGGAAUGAAAUUAUUCAAAAUUGAAAAGGAAUUAGAAUCUGAAGAUUCCAACAGUAGUCUUUAUAGGUUUCUAGAAAGUAAUUAUUUUGUUUCUUGCAAAAGAAAAUAGGAUGAUGAGAAUGGUAAUGCAACAGUUGUAUGUUUGGAAUAUUUCCCUGACCAGUUCAUAUUUACAGUUAGGCAGCAGUUAAUUCAAAGCAGAAAUGAUGAGCCAAGAUUGACUAUUCCGAAAGAGAUACUCUUUACUGGCAUAGUUAAAUAUUAUAAUCAAGAGAGAGAGAUUGUUCUCAAUAAAGCCUGGGUGGCCCUUAAACAGUCCCUUUCAUCCCUUGCUGCUAGUAAAAGAUCAUCCACAUAUUGGAGCAAGGUUAUCUCGGGGUACUCACUGCAGAAGAGGCUCAAAUCUUUGUUGAGUGCUUCAUCAAAGAUGGUGGGGGAGUUCUUAAAUCCUCGAGGUAGUCGAGGUAGUCGAGUCCAGGAGACAUCUGAUAUGAAUUUUGACGCCUUCUCUGGCUUCAGAGCUAAUGGGGUAUUGUCUAAUCCAAAUGGGCAUAGCCCCAGAGGUAAAGCCAAGUUGAUUACUUCCGUUUUCUCGUCAUGCGUAAGAGAGUUUAUUCCAGGCAGUGCUUUAGCUGCUUCUGCCAGGAUUCGCUCCCUUUCCUCCGUAGUGAAAAGGACACCAGUUAUUUCAUUGGAUCUGGUUGAUAAGAAACUUCAGAAGCUUCCGCAUGGAGAAGAUUCAGAUGCCAUAUCAGGUUUCACAUUUCGUCAGCCCAUGACAAACAAAGAGUUUGGAAAACUAAGAUCAAUUCAAUAGCUUCACCAGAUGGCUCUUGAAGUUAAUAGUAACUCCAGCAUCUCUUUGAAACAAACAAACAAAUUA